AUGGUAAUACCAGAAUCACAUGAGGCUAGAGAUGACAUUCAAUUCACAACAAUUAAUCAUGUAGAUAUCUGGCCAGUAGAGUGUGAUAUAGAAAAUGAUUGUAAUGAUAACAUUUUUAGCCUUGAAUCUGUUAAAGCUGAGGAAGAGAAUUUCGAAUAUGAGAAUUCCAAAUUAGAAGUAAAUGGGAAUCAUGAGAAAGAUACUGCUGAACAACAAGAAGACUUGGAGAUAGAUGCUUUAGAAGAUCGAAAUGAGGAUUCGGAGGACGACUUGCCACUAAUUUCAUUAGGUGCAAAGAGUAAAACAGAUCACUUAUACAUAGAACAGCCCCGCAUACAAACAAAUAAUUUUUCAAAACCGUCUAAUAAUGAAACAACAUUGCAAAGACGUCAAACAAGAGUAAAUCGUCGAAAAAUGGUGCAAAUUGUGGAGAUGGAGGAAUUGGAAUUUGUUCAUCGUUUUAGGAAAGGUUAUCAUUCAUUGAAUGUACAAAUAGUAUGCAACAGUAAUUUAAAAAUUACUAAUGUAAAUCCAAAGUUUGGCGGAGCUACCCAUGACUCAUUCAUAUGGGCAUCUAGCAGAAUGGAAACAUUUAUGCGAGAAUUGCACCAAAAUGGAGAACAAGUGUGGUUAUUAGGUGAUUCUGGAUAUCCAGAUAUGUUCCAUUAA